UCGUCGCCGAGAUUUCCUCUAACAUGUUCCUCAAACAAUUCUAUGUAGCUGCUAAUUUCUACAAUCUCAUAUUAAUAUCAAUAUAAUAUCAUGUACAUGCAUUAAUGCAUUGCACCUAAACGAUGCCAUGCCUUAAUGCAUCAUAUAAUAAUUUAUUACUAUAAACAAAAUAAUUGAAUUACUGUUGCAAAAGAGCAUUAUAUAAGCCCAUCAAACGCCGUAUUUAAUGCUUUUGUUAUUGCUAGUGUUGCUUCCUACGCUGUUGAGCCAUUUUUCUUUGUCACAAACACUGGUCCUCUGUUUGUGUCUUAUCAAUGAUGUUCUGUUAUGUUCUCCUCUGACUUGUUUGGUGUUUAUGGUUUCGUUCCUAUAGGUUAUGAUUGCCAACAAUCAGAGUGUGAUUGCUAACAUAUUCUUCCAUUAGCAAAAACAUGGUUCACUAGUUGCAUAGGGGUAUAUGGUAUAUGGUAUAUCCCUCUCUUUUUCCUUUCUUCUUUUCCACUUUUGGGAUAGAAUGAAGGCACGGUUUGGCUGAGAGGUAUAAAGCAAAACCUGCAAGUGGGGGUUGUUCGAAUUUGCUUUUUGUAAGUUGAAAAGAAAAGAAGGGUAGUUGAAGGUGAAGUGUGAAGUGGGUGAUGGAGGGUGGAGGAAGAGAAAGUUACAAUGGAGUGGUGAUGACUAUGACAAGAGACCCGAAGCCAAGGCUAAGAUGGACAGCAGAUCUUCACGACCGGUUUGUGGAUGCAGUCACAAAGCUUGGUGGCCCCGAUAAGGCGACUCCCAAGUCUGUUCUGAGGUUAAUGGGCUUGAAAGGUCUGACACUAUAUCAUUUGAAGAGCCAUUUACAGAAGUAUAGACUUGGACAGCAGGCUCGAAAACAAAAUGAAGAACUGCAUAAAGAGAAUAGUAGAUGUUCGUAUGUAAAUUUUAGUAAUCGUUCUUCAGGGCCUAACACCAGUCACAGAGGAGAUAAUGAAGGGGGAGAAAUUCCAAUCGCAGAGGCGCUAAGACAUCAGAUUGAAGUUCAAAAGAGGUUGGAAGAGCAGCUAGAGGUACAGAAGAAAUUGCAGAUGAGAAUAGAGGCACAAGGGAAGUAUUUGCAAGCAGUGUUAGAGAAAGCUCAGAAGAGCCUUUCCCUGGAUGGACCAGGCAGUAUUGAAGCAUCAAGAGCUCAGUUGACUGAAUUCAACUCUGCUUUGUCACAUUUCAUGGAAAAUAUGAACAAAGAUAGCAAACAAAACAUAAUAGACGUGAAUGAUUUUUAUAGUAAGAGCCAUGGCUCAGCUUUACAAUAUCAGGAAGUAGUGAGAGGAGAAAAUAGGGACCAAAAGCCUAAAGUUGAAGGGGGUUCAAUACAGUUUGACUUAAACAUCAAAGGUAGCAAUGACCUUGUAUCUGCAGGUGGAGCUGAAAUGGAUGCCAAUAUGAUUUCGUAUAGGGUAUAAAAUUUUUUAAUUGUCACAUGUUUAACCAUUGAAUUGAAUGAUAGAUAAUGUACCCUUCCCCUUGCUAUUCUCCAUAAUUUUCUCCCUCUCUUUUAUCAACUGAAGUUGCAUAUCAUGACAGCGUGUUAUCUCUACCUAUUCCAAAGGAAAUUUGUAGUCCAUGCUUUUAGUGCUA